AUGCCACAAGGAGGCGCCCCCAGCAAAGCGCCCAGGAUCUACCCGCGAUCUAUCCCCUACUGGCGCGUCUUGGUCGAUCAUGGUGCCGUCACGCAAGAGGUUCUCGAUUCCGAAUUCGCGGGCUCCGGUACAGAAGAGGAUCCCUAUGCCGUGACCUGGAUCCCUGGCGACACGCGCAAUCCACAGUUAUUCAGCACAGCCAGGAAAUUGUCUAUCACGUUGACUGCGGCGGCGACGACGCUGAUCGUAUCUCUUGCCUCUUCUGCGUAUAGCGGAACUAUCGAUGAAGUCAUCGAGGCGUUCGGAAUCAGUACUCAGGUUGCUACGCUGGGAUUGUCGCUCUAUGUGCUCGGCUUCGCAAUCGGCCCGCUCCUCUGGGCUCCGGUUGGUGAGGUCUGGGGUCGACAGGUCUCGUUUUUCAUUAGCAUGUUCUGUCUCGCUGCGUUCUUAGCCGGGUGUGCGGGCGCGCAGAACAUCUGGACAUUGUGUAUUCUUCGUUUCUUUGCGGGCAGUUUUGGCUCGUCGCCUUUCAGCAAUGCUGGCGGGACAAUUGCCGAUUUGUAUUCGGCGAGGCAGCGUGGGUUAGCGCUAAGCUUGUACGCUGCUGCGCCCUUCCUGGGUCCGUCGCUCGGUCCCAUUAUUGGUGGCUUUUUGGGAAUGAAGGCUGGUUGGAGAUGGGUUGAGGGAUUGCUUGCCGCGACGGCGGGUCUCGUUUGGAUCCUGUCGACCCUGAUCAUUCCUGAAACAUACCCGCCGGUCCUUCUGCGCCGACGCGCGGAGACCCUCUCGCAAAUCACGGGUAAAGUGUAUCGAAGCAAAAUUGAGAUCGAUAAAGGCCGGGUUUCGUUGGGGAAUCUGUUGAACAAGUCACUUCUCCGGCCUUGGGUUCUUCUUUUGAAGGAGCCGAUCGUCUUUCUUUGCGCGGUAUACAUUGCCAUCGUCUACGGUACGCUGUAUAUGUUUUUUGACGCUUUCCCUAUUGUCUUCCAGCAAGGUCGUGGCUGGAAUCCAGGUGUGGGCGGUCUUUCGUUCCUGGGAAUCUUGGUCGGCAUGCUCAUUGGUAUUGGAUGUACGAUCCCUGCAAACAUGCACUACAUCAAAACCAUGGAUGCGCACGGCGGACACGCGCCACCAGAGACACGUCUGGUGCAGUGUAUGCCGGGCGCAGUCUUGAUCUCUAUUAGCCAGUUUUGGUUCGCAUGGACGAACUAUCCAUCCAUCCACUGGAUCGUAUCUAUCAUUGGCACGGCACCGUUUGGAAUUGGCGUCAUCUUGAUUUACCUCGGGAUCAUGAACUACUUGAUCGAUUCGUACACGAUCUACUCUGCCUCCGUUCUCGCAUCGAAUGCUGUUCUCCGCUCGGUCUUCGGCGCGAUCUUCCCCGUGAUCUCAAUCUAUAUGUAUGGUAACCUGGGGAUUCACUGGGCUCCGUCGAUCCCGGCGUUUCUCUCCGUUGCUUGCAUUCCGAUUCCUUUCCUUUUCUACAAGUAUGGGGCUGUCAUCAGGUCAAAGUGCAAGUACGCAGCCGAGUCAGAAGAGUAUAUGCAGAAAAUCAAGGCGCAUACACUGAAAGAGAAGAAGGCUGAUGAGAAUAAUGCGGGAGCAGUGAUGGCCGAGGGGCUUGCUCUUGAAAGGGCGACCACGAUACAUUAA